AUGGGAAGGAGGGACCUGGCUCUGGGCGACGAUUGGCCGGUGGAAGGGACGAGAAGUAGGCUCCCUGGGCGGCGGCGGCGGGGCGCGGCGCAGGCGGACGAUGGUGUACGGCUGGCUGGCAAAAGGGACGAGGAGCAGGCUUUGUGCGCCAGCCGGUCGGUGGAGGAGACUCGCCGCAAGGGUUGGGGGGCGAGGUCGGAGAAGUGCACGCCGGCGAGCGUGGAGGUGCUGCAGACGAGCAACGGGGAGAAAUCCGGGCUCAGCCCGCUGUUCGAUGUGAGUGUGCGGAACAAGUGCGAGUGCGCGGUGCGAGGCGUGCUCCUCCGCGCCGAGGGCUUCACGAGCUCCGUCCCCGUCGACCCGAAGCUGUUGCGGAAGGAGGGCAACGACUACCUCGUCGGCGACGGCAGCCCGAUCCCGAGCGGAGGCGAGGUGCAGUUCCGGUACGCCUGGGACCGCGCCUUCGAGAUGGGACCUGCUGCCGUGCAGGAAGACUGCUCUGGGUUGCACGAGUCCACCGUGUAAUCCAAUGCGACGGGCCGGGUCCGUCCC